UCAAUUGAAUAAAGCUUCCUUGGAGUUCAAGGCCAUCACAGCCAGCCCAUAAGUGCGAGCGGUGGGGUGCAUGAGCGCAUCACGUUGUUCAUAUUGAACUCAGACGCGUUUCAUUGGUCAGAGGACAGAGCUCUGGACGGGAGGGGCUCGGAUCCGGACCGCAUAGUAAUAUCUCAUUCAUAAAUUACACAGGACGCUAGAGUAGUGCACUACUGUCUGCUGAGGGAAACCGGACAGUUUUGGAACAAUGCACUCAAUAAGAGAUUUCUUCUGUGGUCAGUGGAGCUCUUCUGUACGUCUUGAUGACAAAACAGUCAUAAUCACAGGAGCUAAUACAGGCAUUGGGAAAGAGACCGUGAGAGACCUUGCAAAAAGAGGGGCUCGAGUCAUCAUGGCCUGUCGAGACCUGGAAAAAGCAGAGGCAGCCAGAAAAGAAUUAAUGGAGGAUUCUGGAAACCAAAACAUUGUGGCGAAUAAACUUGAUUUAUCAGAUACCAAAUCCAUCAGAGCAUUUGCAGAGCUCAUAAACAAGGAGGAAAAGCAAGUCAACAUCCUGAUCAACAAUGCUGGAAUCAUGAUGUGUCCAUAUUCAAAAACUGCAGAUGGCUUUGAGAUGCAGUUUGGUGUAAACCAUUUAGGUCAUUUUCUGCUCACCUACCUUCUGCUUGACCUCCUAAAGAAAUCAGCCCCCUCCAGGAUCAUCAACGUGGCUUCUGUGGCCCAUACAUGGGGCAGCAUCCAUCUGGAUGACAUAAACAGCGAGAAGAGUUACUCUCCACGGAGGGCUUACGGCCAGAGCAAACUAGCUAACAUCCUCUGCACACGCUCCUUGGCUAAAAAACUGCAGGGCAGUGGUGUGACUGUGUACUCCCUCCAUCCCGGUGUGGUGCAGUCAGAGCUGUUUAGGAACCUCAGCAAGCCUGUGCAGAUAGCAGUCAAGGUCUUUAGCCCCUUCACCAAGACCACCAUUCAGGGGGCCCAGACCACCAUCUACUGUGCUGUGGAGCCCAAGCUGGACAACGAGAGUGGAGGAUAUUACAGCGACUGUGCUCCAGCACUGUGUUCAAGUGAAGCUUUAGAUGAUGAAAUGGCUCAGAAACUCUGGGAACUGAGCUGUCAGAUGCUUGGCAUUACAUGGGACCAGCGCUUCUCUCAGUGACACUGUUAUAAAAACGGAAUGAAAGCUUUUGGACUAAUGCCAUAGAUAAUGGAAACUGUAGUAUUCAUACAAUGCAUGGCUGAAUUAGCACUAUAUGUUUUAUAUUGUACAUUG